AGACAAGAGAGGCCUUUCAGGCCCCAGGUUUAAUGUUCAGGGGACUAUCAUCCGGAGGGACGACUUGACAAAAAGCCUGAAGGUUUUACUUCACUGAAACAAUGACAUCAAUGAAGAAUAACUCAAAGGAGUAUUCUGACCCACAAAAGAAAACACUCCGACAGCUACUCCAUCAGUUGGAGAAGUCUCAGAAAGCUGACAUUCAUGCCUACAGCUUUGGACAUUUAAACCAUAGGAACCUGCAUAAAAUAUCAAGGCAUCACGAUACCUCAGUGUUAUGGAAGAGUGCAAAAAAACCUGCUCCUUUUAAGAAAGAUAAAAAGUACAGAUCUUUCCAGCAGUUAAGUGAUGCCAAUGUUCAGAAAAUGACAGCUGCAUUUGUUGACUGUCACCUGAUGAGUAGUACGGUGCCAAUAAAGCCUGCACGUCUGAGCCCUAUCUGCAAUCAUCUCAACCAGAGUAGUGCCAGAACUUCUCAGAAUGUCUGCAGUGAUUCAGCAAUCCCACAAAACAAGCCAUGUUCAGAAUCCCCACACACACAGGCACAAACUGUACCAGAUCGUCUUGCCAAAGAGGAAUUGGAACUAUCGAACCUCAUGCUCAUAAAGCCUCGACUGCAGAAGUGUACAAGAUCACAUAGUGCCCAUGGCCAGGACCAUUUUGUUGAAUCUUACUUGGUUGGGCUGACGAAGAAGGACCAAUUCAGUAAGCUGCUCGAAUUCGAGAAAAAUAUCCUAAUGAAGCAAGAUCUUCUAGAUAGAGAGGCACUGACUGGUUACAAAGCAGUAGCAAAGCAUGAGUGGAAGCUAACUCAUGAGCUGAUGAAGAUAGACCAUCUCCCUAGACCAAAUUUGAGACGUCUUCAGGUUUUUAGUGAUGUAUUUGAGGACAUCUGUCAGGACUCACCAAUACUUUGUGAAAUCUUAAGAGAAAUCAAGGCUGAAUAUGAUUUGUACCUGUUAUCACUCCUGGAAUCCCAGCCAACAGAUCAACACAAGAUCUUGCAGGCUGAACUCCGAGGUAUGGCUACCAGGACAGUGAAAACUCACCAUGUAGAGGAGGUGCAACAGAAAGUUUUAAGUCUGGAACAGGAAGCGAGACUUGCAUUGCAGAAGAAUGAUGAGCUCAGAAAUGAACUUGAGGCUGAACUUUCCAAACCAGAGCACUUAUCUGAACAGCAAGAAGAGCAGUCUGAUUUGAAGGACAUGAAAACUAGAAAACAGCUGCCGCUUGGCAUGGAACAGAUGUUGUCACUGAGAGACCAUAUUUUUAAAACAACAGCAAUGAUUCAAGAGCUGGAGAAUGAGCUGAAGCAUUCUAUGGUACCCUCUAUAAUCACUGAUGGUCUGCAGAGUUCUUUCAAGGAUACUCUGGGUGAAAUUGCAUACUUUCAGAAAUUCAAUGACUUUCUUCGCAGCAAAAUAAAAGCUCUUGAAAAUUAUAUAGAAAGAACUCUUAUUAGUUAUAAAAUGACAAAAGAAAAUAGAGCGAACUUCUGGUAUAUGCUCAAAGACAUUGUGGAUCCUGCUGAAAUUAGAAAAGCCAAUAUCUCUGAGGAAUGGGUCUGUCAGCUUGCUAAUUAAAGUGAGCUUCCUAAUAUAGGAAUUCUCACAAACAUCUGUUCAUUGAAAUGUUUGUACAGUGAGAGUCCUAAAUUUAGAGCAAAAUCAUUUUGGCAGAAAUUUUUUAAAAAUUUGAGGGAGAAUGUACUGUUCAUCACCUGACUUCAAAAUGAGAUCUUCUAUCAAAUGUAUAGUUCUGAGAACUUUUCCCAAUAAUAAGCACUACCAACAUUUAUGUAGCAUUUCUUUAUGUAGCCGACUACGCUGAAGCAUUUCACAGAACCAUUUUAAAACAAAAUUUGAUAUCAGUUUGCAUCAUGACAUAUUAAGACAAUUAAUCAAAAGUUUGGUCAAAAAGGUAGAGGCGUGUGUUAAAGGACAUGAUAUUGGAGUGGUUUAACUUGGGAAUUCCAGAACUUCGAGCUUGGAUACCGGAGUGAACAACUAAUGAUGGAAGCCAGGAAUGUGUAAGAUACUAGGAAGAAAAUGUGUAUUUCUGCAGCAUCUUUUACAACUAAAGAUGCAGCAAAGUCCUAUUGAAAGAAGAGGUAAUUGAGAAAGUGGUUGAGUUAUAAAUAAUGCAGAGGAGGUAUUAGAAAGGCUUACUUAGCGUAGAGCUGAUAAUUUCACAAGAGUGGGAGGGGUGCUUCUGAGGGUGCUGAGGCAAGUAAGAAUGGAAAUUACAAAGAUGCAUUCCUUGAUCGUUAUAUCCUUGGGAGAGGAAGUGAACCAGAGGAAAUGUCACUAGACCAGUAAUCAAGAGGCUCGGAUAAGACUUAUGAGGGCAAAGGUUCAAAUUUCACCAUGGAUAGUUCG